AAACAAGAGAGAAGGCUUUCCUGCUCGUGCUCAGGAAAGAGGAGAGGAUAGGAAUACGAUACCUUCUCCUCCCCCCCUUUCUUUACAUGACUUUACCCCGCAACAAAUCCAAAGAUUAUCGGGGUUACCAGCCAGCCAGCCAGCCUAAUUGAGGUAGGGUACUACAAAACCGCCAAGAAACAGCGAUCCUGCCGUGAUGGCGUCCCACUUCCGUGCCCUCCUCUUGUUGUCCCCCUAGAGGAGGAAGUCGGAAGAGGACGGGAACGACGGGUUUGCUGCUUCAACGCCGGCGACCAUGGCCAAGCAGCUGCGCGUGUACCAAGGCUGGAGGGGCAACAACAUAAUCUUGUGUGGUGGAAGGUUGAUCUUCGGACCAGAUGCCAAGGCCACUCUGAUAUCUUUGUCUCUAAUCGCGAUCCCUGUUGUUGUCUUCUGUGUCUUCGUGGCGAGGCAUCUCAUACACAUCUUUCCUGCAUAUAAUGCAGGGUAUGCAAUUCUUGCUGUUACCAUAGGCCUUACGAUUUAUGUACUGUUACUGCUCUUCCUUACCUCAUCUCAAGAUCCAGGUAUUGUACCACGAAAUUCACACCCACCUGUGGAAGAGUUUUCUCAUGAUGCUUCAGCUCCACAUACUCUUCAGUUCCCUCGAGUAAAAGAGAUUAUGGUCAAUGGCGUGCCCGUGAAAGUGAAAUAUUGUGAAACUUGCAUGAUAUAUCGGCCUCCUCGUUGCUCCCACUGCUCCAAAUGUGAUAACUGUGUUGAGCGCUUUGAUCAUCACUGCCCUUGGGCUGGCCAAUGUAUCGGAGAGCGAAAUUACCGCUACUUCUUCUGCUUUGUUUCUUCAGCGGCAAUCCUGUGUAUCUAUGUAUGUGCAAUGUGUGCAUUGUACAUCAGGCUUCUGAUAAGUAGGGGUCAUCAUUCGGUGUGGAAGGCCAUUAAAGAAUCUCCAGCUUCAUUGGCAGUCAUGGCAUAUUGUUUCAUUUGCUUCUGGUUCGUUGGUGGUCUCACAGGGUUCCAUUCUUAUCUUAUUGCCACAAACAAGACAACAUAUGAGAAUAUCAAGUACAAGUACACCAACCAACCCAACGUGCAUGACCGUGGUUGCGUGCGCAACUGUCAUGAGGUCUUGUGCACAAAAAGGAAGCCUUCUAGGAUCAACCUAAGAGCUCUUGUUCAAGAGGAACAUGAGGUAGCGCUGUCACGGAUCAGCCAUUCCAAUAUACCAGAAGAUGAUGCGCCCCACCGUCCACGAGCCAGAGUCGAGGAUGAUCUAGAGAUGGGUCUCGACAUCCUGAAGACCUCAAGGCGCCGGACAGAUGAACUCAGCGACGAAGAGUUGGAGGCUGGAAGCAAUGGUGUUAAAUACCUCACACCGGAUUCAGAUACCGAGAUUCCUGUUACCAGAACCAAGGCUGUGAUCUCUAGUGAAGUUAGGGAUCUUGACUUGUUGGUUAGUAGUGCUGCACGACCUUCAUCUCCUGAGCAGAAACAACACCCUGACGAACUUUGCUGAUGAUACAUGAAUGUGCCUGUUCAAGGUAAAGUUGUUUUUGCGGAUUUCCAUAUUGCAGGCACCAACGACUUGUUCAUCAGGGCAGUGAAUGAUUGGAUUUGAAGGCAUCUGUUCUCCUUUGCCAUCUCUUUCCGGGAUUUAGACUCUUGCUUGAUUAAUCAUAGGAUUCUGUGUGUAAAGAUCCCCAGUUAUGCAGUUUAUGAAGGUUUCAAAAGAUUCUAGGGAUUGUUUAAAAAUCUUCAGGAGUGUAUGAAGAUUGAAGACUUGAUUCAUAAUUGUACAUAUGCUGCAUAACGAUAUGAUCACUGAAAUGUAAAUUGUGUCCUUUUCUAAAUGCAUCUUUAGGAAUGGGCUGUAACUGCUUUCUUUGAAA